AUGCAAAAGCCGCCCCUGGACCCGGUACGCCUUGUGCUGCUCGUGCCUGUGCUGCCCGUGCCUGUGCUGCCCGUGCCUGUGCUGCCCGUGCCUGUUGCUGCCCGUGCCUGUGCUGCCCGUGCCUGUGCUGCCCGUGCCUGUGCUGCCCGUGCAUGUGCUGCCCGUGCCUGUUGCUGCCCGUGCCUGUGCUGCCCGUGCCUGUGCUGCCCGUGCCUGUGCUGCCCGUGCCUGUGCUGCCCGUGCCUGUGCUGCCCGUGCCUGUUGCUGCCCGUGCCUGUGCUGCCCAUGCCUGGUGCUGCCCGUGCCUGUGCUGCCCGUGCCUGUGCUGCCUGUGCCUGUUGCUGCCCGUGCCUGUUGCUGCCCGUGCCUGUGCUGCCCGUGCCUGUGCUGCCCGUGCCUGUGCUGCCCGUGCCUGUGCUGCCCGUGCCUGUGCUGCCCGUGCCUGUUGCUGCCCGUGCCUGUGCUGCCCGUGCCUGUUGCUGCCCGUGCCUGUGCUGCCCGUGCCUGUGCUGCCCGUGCCUGUGCUGCCCGUGCCUGUGCUGCCCGUGCCUGUUGCUGCCCGUGCCUGUGCUGCCCGUGCCUGUGCUGCCGUGUCUGUGCUGCCCGUGCCUGUUGCUGCCCGUGCCUGUGCUGCCCGUGCCUGUGCUGCCCGUGCCUGUGCUGCCCGUGCCCGUGCUGCCUGUGCCUGUUGCUGCCCGUGCCUGUGCUGCCCGUGCCUGUGCUGCCCGUGCCUGUGCUGCCCGUGCCUAUUGCUGCCCGUGCCUGUGCUGCCCGUGUCUGUGCUGCCCGUGCCUGUGCUGCCUGUGCCUGUUGCUGCCCGUGCCUGUGCUGCCCGUGCCUGUGCUGCCCGUGCCUGUGCUGCCCGUGCGUGUGCUGCCUGUGCCUGUUGCUGCCCGUGCCUGUGCUGCCCGUGCCUGUGCUGCCCGUGCCUGUUGCUGCCCGUGCCUGUGCUGCCCGUGCCUGUUGCUGCCCGUGCCUGUGCUGCCCGUGCCUGUGCUGCCCGUGCCCGUGCUGCCCGUGCCUGUUGCUGCCCGUGCCUGUGCUGCCCGUGCCUGUGCUGCCCGUGCCUAUGCUGCCCGUGCCUGUGCUGCCUGUGCCUGUUGCUGCCCGUGCCUGUGCUGCCCGUGCCUGUGCUGCCCGUGCCUGUGCUGCCCGUGCCUGUUGCUGCCCGUGUCUCGUGCUCGCGCCCCCGUGCGCUCUGCUACUGUCUGCGCCCUCGUGCGCACUGUCCCCCCCCCCCCCCCCCCCCGUAUGCGGGUGUGGGGGUGCUCCGUUUGUGUCGCCCCUUCCUUCUCCUCCUUCGUCGUCUCCCACUGCUGCAGCUGUCGCUGA